AGUGAACCCACUCAGGUUAAUAUUUUUGAUGUCCGACGUGCCAUUCUAAUUCGCCGGCAAAAAUGCCCAUUUUUCGGGAUUGUGCUUUAAUUAUUUUAAGAAGGAAUGUGGUACAAGGAAGGCCAAUAGUUUCAAGAUGUAGCUCAAUUGCUUGCAGGAAACUUUCAACGAGCUAUGGCGCGAAAAGUACUUUCAGUGAGAGCAGCGUCUUUAACUCCUUUCUUGUCUCAAGGAACCGGCGGGCAAAUUUUUUACUGACUCGAUCCUUUAGUAGUGAAACAGCAGAAAAAGUCAAUUGCAAUAUAGGCACAAUCGGACAUGUGGAUCACGGUAAAACCACACUAACUGCGGCUAUAACGAAAGUUCUGGCGAAAGAUGGACUCGCUGACUUCAUCCCCUACGACGAGAUUGAUAGAGCGCCGGAGGAAAAAGCCAGAGGCAUAACAAUAAACGCAUGUCACGUUGGUUUUUCAACGAAGGCUCGACGAUACGCUCACACCGACUGCCCGGGACAUGCUGAUUACAUAAAGAAUAUGAUUUCCGGAACAUCACAAAUGGAUGGAGCUAUUCUGGUAGUAGCCGCGAACGAUGGACAAAUGCCACAAACUCGAGAGCAUUUGUUACUUGCCAAGCAGGUCGGGGUGGAGAAAAUCGUCGUGUACGUUAACAAAGCGGACCUGGUUGAUAACGACGUUUUAGAACUAGUGGAUAUCGAAAUACGUGAACUGUUGACGGAUUUCGGGUUCGACGGAGCAGCUUCGCCAGUGAUUUACGGUUCAGCUUUACAAGCCCUGCAGGGAGCGGAGACAGAAUACGGCGAACCAUCAAUUCGGAAGCUACUUGAAAUAAUUGAUGAAUAUAUUCCUACCCCCACCCGCGAUUUUACUUCUCCUUUUCUAGUUCCAAUUGACAAUGCAUUCACAGUUCCAGGGCGGGGAACUGUUGUUGUAGGAACGAUUAAACGUGGAGUUGUGAACAGAAACGAUGAAGCGGAAUUGUUAGGUUUUGGAGAAAGCAUAAAGACAACUGUUUCGGACAUUCAGAUUUUCAAGAAAAGCCAACCUAAGGCGGUAGCUGGUGACAACAUUGGAUGUUUGUUGCGUGGAGUUCGAAUUGGAAGUGUGCAGCGAGGAAUGCUCCUUUGUGCCGCGGGAAGUGAAGAAGUUUCCAAUCACUUCGAAGCAUCUAUGUACCUCCUCGCUAGGAACGAAGGCGGGCGAUCGAAACCUUUGACUUCCAAAUAUAUUCAGCAGCUUUUCAGUCGCACGUGGAAUAUAUCAGCUCGGGUUGAUUUAGGACAAGACAGAUCAAUGCUUAUGCCGGGCGAGCAUGCUCCCGUGUACCUAACUUUACUGAGAAAGAUGGUAAUGUCACCUGGACAAAGCUUCACUAUUCGGGAAAAUGGCUCGACGGUGGCGACUGGGGUCAUAACGAAGAGAUUGAAAUCACUCAAUCUGCCAGCGAAUAAACUUUCAAAGGUUGUACUGCAACAGUAGGAUGAUAAGAUGAUAAUGGAGAAUGAGAUUCAUGAAAUAGAACGAGUGUUGAACG